UGUCAGCCUCCAUGGCCUCAUGUUUUGAAUAUAUUCUUAAAUUUGGUCAAUAUUGGGAUAAACACGUACGCGCUGGUUUUAAUGUGGGCAGUUUGUCCGUGGGAGCAAUUCCUCUGUUUAGACGCAUGUCAGCCAACUACCUCAAAGUAUUGAGCCGACGAUUGGCGUCGUCUUCCGUAUCACUGAGAAAAGGAACGUCCAUGUGCCAGACCACAAAUGAAAUAUCAAAGUUAUCAGCAAACAUCUCACAGGAUGCAAUAGAGGGUUCUACUUUAGAUGUAGUGCCAAGAACUAUAUCAGAAGCAAAUGUGCUCCUGCGAAUGUACCCAAAUCCCAAGAAACGACUACAAGAGAUUUAUCAUCAAGUUGUGCAAGCUAAAAGUGGGGAUCAAACUCUUCAUCAUUACAUGCAUUACAGUUCUGAGAACCAGUCUGCAGUAGUACAUGAACCCAUCUGGAAAACAACUCUACAUUUAACCUGGCCAGACAAUAUGACAAUCGAGAGCAUUCCAGCAAGACGCAAAAUCAUCGGCGAAAGAAUAGCGGCUGCGCUUGCACUUAAAAGAAUAGAGGACUUUGGCGUAUUGGAUCGCGAUGGGAAUCCAAUUCUUUACAGUGAGGAAGAGCUAUCUCAACUGGUUUCCCAGCAUGUUCAGCCAAUAAGCAUAUCUAUUCCACAACCACUGCAGGAACGGAUGCAGGAUUUCAUAACCAGGUAUAAGGUGUUUUCACAAACUAUUGUUGAGAAAAAUUCUGCACCGUUCAGCAAACAGUUGGAGCCUGUAGCAAAAGAGUCGAUACUCAGUUGUGAGAAUUUUGAUGUGGAUGAUUCCAUUGAACAACAAGACCAUGUUGGUAAUAAUGUGUUACCACUUGGAAGCACAUCCAACGAACAAGUACUAAAUAUAUUCACAGAUGAGGUGCUUACAGAGGCAUCUCAGAGGGACAUCGAACGGAUGAGUCAUGACUUGUAUGUCGAACUGAGACGUACGAGAAAUUCACCGGAUGAUAGGAUGCGACAGAUUAGGGAAAACAGGGAGGACCUGCCUAUUGCCAAAUACAGACAGACGAUCGUGGAUGCGAUAGCAGGCAACCAUGUCAUUGUGCUCGUCGGUGACACUGGUUGUGGCAAGACGACGCAGGUGCCUCAGUACAUUGUUGAGCACAGCAUAGAGCAGAUGCAGGGAGCGGCGUGCAACGUUGUCAUCACGCAGCCGCGGCGUGUUAGCGCCAUAUCCAUCGCACGCCGCGUUGCGUACGAGACAGGAAAGAGUCUGGGAGAGCACAUUGGCUACCAGGUUAGACUGGAUCAUGUAAUGCCCACCCGAGAAGGUGCAACACUAUUCUGUACUCCAGGCAUCUUGCUCAGAAAAUUGCAGAGCAACCAAGACUUGAAAGGUGUGACACACGUGAUUGUGGAUGAGGUACACGAGAGAAACGUCCUCACAGACUUCCUGCUCAUAAUAUUGAAGGAGACGAUACAGAGAAAUCCCGAACUGAGGCUGGUUCUCAUGAGUGCCUCAAUAAAUGCAGAAAUCUUCUCUCGCUACUUUGACAAUUGCCCGAUCGUGAGAGUUCCAGGAUUUAUGCAUCCAGUGGAGGAUCACUAUCUGCCUGAUGUGCAUCAUAUGCUGAGAUCAGGAACACAUGCCUCUGCUGUCACGGCAGACUCUAGCAUGCCUGAGGUGCAUUCAGGCACACCAAAGCUAAACUGUGAAUUGGUCGCUAAUGUGAUAAAAAAGAUAUGCGAUGACAAACCUCCGGGAGGCAUCUUGUGUUUUAUGCCUGGAUGGAAUGAGAUAGCGGAGGUCUCCAGUAUACUUGGAAACAUGUUCGAUGAUCCAUCACACUUCCUCGUUAUACCUGCUCACUCAAAAAUUGCACAACACAAACAGAAUCAAAUGUUUGCAAGAGUUCCACCUAAUGUAAGAAAGAUUGUUCUGGCGACCAACAUAGCUGAAACCUCGAUUACGAUCAAUGAGAUUGUCUAUGUUAUUGAUCCUGGAAUAGAGAAAAUUCUGAAGUAUGAUCCUGACAGAGGGGUAUCGUGCCUGGACGUUGUGUGGGUGUCGCGAGCCAGCGUGCAGCAGAGGCGGGGUCGCGCGGGCCGCGUGCAGUCAGGCGAGUGCUUCCAUCUCUUCCCGAGCGAGCAGCUCGAUCGAAUGCACGCAUACCUCACGCCGGAGAUGCACCGCAUUCCCCUGGAGCAGAUCGUGCUAGAGGCAAAGCUGCACUGCGAGGGGAAGAGAGCGAACGAGUUCCUGUCGCAGGCGCUCGAACCGCCCGAACCAAAAGCUGUUCGGCGUGCAGUUCAGGUGCUGCAGGAGUUGGAUAUAUUGGACGUGGAGGAGAAUUUGACCGUGCUGGGGAGAAGGGUGGCUCACUUCACCACUCACCCGCGGCUGUCAAAGUGCCUCGUUUACGCACUGCUUUUCAGAUGCUUGGACCCUGUUUUAUCUAUAGCUGCUUAUCUGGGACAGGCUAAAGAGCUUUUUGAACAGACAAUGGAAAAUAAGAAAGAAGUUAAAGAGAUAAAAUGUCGAUUUUCCCUGCAAAGCAAAAGUGAUCACUUGACCUACGUGAAUCUGUAUGGAGCGUGGAGGGAUGCCUACAGGCAGAACCAGCUGGCAGAGCGCACGUUCUGUGAGACAAAUCUACUCAGUCGGCCCAACAUGAGGUUCAUGCAUGGACUUAGACAUCUGUACUUGGAACAUCUGUUUGAUGCAUUUCUGUUAGAGAGUGUAGAAAGUGGCAACAAUCUGUUAGACACCAACAACGAUCUGUCCCACUGUCACACGCUGAUAAAGGGAAUCCUUCUGGCGGGGUUCUAUCCCAACAUGGCUAGGAUCAAACGUGGAGAGCUGCACAAGGGCAGGAUCAAGCACGACGCCAUUGUGCUCUCAUCUUUACGUGACGGCGUCACGAGAAUGCACACCGACUCCGUUAACAAGCAGGAGAGAGAGCAUGACAGCCAGUGGAUCACGUACUUCAACAGGGUGAAGUCUGUGCAGAUGGGAGCAACAAUGCUCAGGGAUACAUCUACUGUGCAGCCAUUGGCAGUUCUCAUGUUUGGAGGUCACAGAUUGACGGUGGCCUCACCAGAUGAAUUUAACACUAGUCACAGCAGUGAUCACCUAUCUCAGAGCAAAGCCUGUACAGAUGAAGCCGUUAUAAUGGUAGAUGGUGAUAAAAGGGUUGCCUUUUCCUGCAGCAAACGAGAAGCAGAGAUGCUGCAAGACUACAGAGAUGCGUUGAACUCUAUUUGCACUCACAUUCUGACGACACCAACGAUCCUGCAGAGUGCGGAUGCUGAUGGUCGUGAUGGUGAUGGUGAGGAGGACGAUUCCGUACGGGAGAUAAGAUCCCUGUAUGAAAUGAUCAUCAAGACUACAGCUACACUUCUAGAUUUGUAGUAACACGACACCAUUAAUGUCAUCGUCAGUCAGUUGAGGGAGGAGCAGAGGAAUGG